AUGCAUGUGUCUGAUGAGGCUUCCUUGAUGUCUCUGACAACUCAUGCUUUGGCCGCCGUCCUUGAGGCUUCCCCGAAACCUUUUUGUUCUGCUCUGUUUCUGACGGAAGGUUCUCUCUCCUCUUACUCUUUAUACCAGUUGGCGCACUGGGUCCCUGCUCCUCAGGGUGUGGGUGUCUUUGAAGUGACUCGAAACGACCUCGACGAUAACACAACGGAGACAGAAAUCGCCUCAGUUAUCGCCAAAGCAAGGAAAAUGCGUGAAUUGUCAUGGUGUGUGAACGUGGUCGUACUGAGCGACGAUCCCGCCUUCCUGGCCUCCUUCGCUGAGUCGUCGCUCCGGGGCCGCCUCCUGGUGUGGGCCACGAGGCUCCUGGUCGUCACCCGCCUGUCCCUUCAGGAGCUCCGGCGGCUCCUCUCCUCCUCCUGGACCUUCGCCAUGAUGAACGCCUUGGUCAUCAACCUGGAGAUGUUGUCAGGGCAGUUCAGAUACAAAAUCUACACUUAUCAGCCGUACAGGACAGCUGAAGGAGAGCUGCUACACUUAGCGACCUGGGCACCUGAGCACGGCAUCCACGUCAAAGGCGGGAUGGAGCUCUUCCCGGAAAAGUUUGAAAACUUCCACGGCGCCGAGGUGGGCGUGACAGCUUUGCCAUUCCGCCCGUACUGGAUCGAGGAGGAAACGCUGGGACAAGACGGAGCCCUUCAUAAGACGUACACUGGGUCCGACGGUCUCCUUUUGAGAACGAUUGCCGAGAGUCUCAAUUUUACCUUCACGCCUCUUCCGGUCUCUACUUGGGGAGAAGUGACGCAGCGGGUCGUCGAGAGGAAAUCGCUCAUGGCGGUCGUUCACCACGUCCUUCUGCCACAACGCAAAGAACGUUACGACUACACCUACACCUACGAGCAAAUCCUGUUCGACUUUUGCAUGGCCAGACCCUCGCUCACUCCUCAGUGGCAGAGCCUUUACUACCCGCUGUCUGACGCUGUGUGGGCUUGCAUCUUGGCCACUGUCUUCUUCAUGGCUGUGGUCUUGUAUAUGGUCUCCAACGCGACCAGGCAAGAAAGAAGCAAGAAAUUUAGUCCGUGGAACGUGACGGAACUCACCGUGGCCUCUCUGCUCGGCCAGUCCAUACCCCUCGGCAGGAGCACCAACGCAUUUCGAGUUUCAGUGGCUUGUUGGCUCGUCUUCGCCUUCGUCGUGGGCACGGCCUACCGGGGCAACCUCACCGCCGCCCUCACGCUGCCCAAGUACCCUGACAGACCUGAAACCAUUGAGCAGCUUGUCAAGGCGGUGGACAGCGUGACCAUGCCGAGUUACGGAGCCGAAUUCCAAGCCUUUUUCCUGAAGUCGAAUUCCGACGUGUUCCGCACCCUCGGGGGCCUCAUGGAGAUCGUGCCCUCGGCCAUGCACGGCCUCAACGGCGUCGCCACGAAGAGGCAAUCCUUCAUGGACGGGCGGCGCUAUUUGGAGCACAUGAUCGCGGAGCAUUUCACGGACGCGCGCGGGGAGGCCCAGCUGUACGUGGGGCGUCAGAGCGUCCUUCCGGGGCUGGCGGGCUGGCCGAUCCCCCACGACGCGCCCUACAAGCCACAGCUCGACCGCCUCAUGAUGAGGAUUCUGGAGGCCGGCCUAUACGAGAAGUGGAGCGAGGACAUGCUAGAGCGAGCGAGAGUGGAGGCUCGACGCCGGCAGAAGAGGAAGCUGCAGGAACUGAGACUGGACGAGGAGGACGUCGAGGGUGAGGUCGAGGAGUCAGCACGCAAGACGAAGCCGCUUACGGUCGUCCACUUGCAGGGUCCUCUUAUAAUCUUGCUUCUCGGCCUGCUGUUGGGGGGGACGGUGUUCGCCCUGGAGGUCUUCGUGGCCAGAUUAUAG